GGCACCAAUGCUUUAGGAAUGCCUUGUAGUGCCAAAGAUUUUACUAUGUAAUGCACAUAAGCUCUGUGAAGGUCUUACCGGAAUGUAGGCCUACACCUUUCCUUAAACUUAGAUCUUUCCACACAUAAAUCAAAUACAAUAACGCCAUCCUUUUGGUUACUAAAUUGGACUUGACAAAGAGAGGCUUUUUUGUUUUACCCACUUUCUCUGGCACUUGUUUGUUCUUCUCCACUGACAAACAGAAAAGGGAGAAGAGUCCAAAUUGCAAAAUGCCCAUUGACCAAGUGACCAACAUUGUUGUAGCCUAGCUUUGAUGGGUAAAUGCUUGCUUUAUACCAAGAACUGAAAUAUAACAUAAAAUUGGGUUUUGAUACUUAGUGCUGUGGCACACAUGUUUUCUCUCCAUUGCCCUCCUCUUGUCCAUGCCCAAGCACAACGGUGUUGACUUCAGUCAGGUGCUGUUGAUGGGUUCCGAGAAUGUGGGAGAUCGUUUUGCACCAACACACAGUCUUAAAAAGUAGUUAGCAUAUAUUCAAAACGCUGUAGCCCCUGUACUGAGACCUCGGCCUGAGGCUGGAAGGGGAUGGGGACACUGGCCCUCUGUAGCCACUACUCACAGCUAUCAUGGAAAUGCAGCGUCAUAGUGGCAUUGCUACUGUUUCACCUGUGCUGCCUGCAAGUAUGGGCAUCCUGUCGCAUCCUGAGGUGCAACUCUGACUUUGUAGCUGUCACCCUGGACCUUGGGGGCAGCGGUGGGGGCGGAGGGGGAGGCAGCAGAGAGGGGGGCAACGCGGGCUACUGCAGCGCCCUCCGCUCCUACGCCAUGUGUACCCGCCGCAUGGCCCGCGCCUGCCGGGGUGACCUGGCCUACCACUCGGCCGUGCAGGGCAUCGAGGACCUCCUCAUCCAGCACAGCUGCCCCAGGACAGGCCCCACUGCUCAGCCCCGGCCCCUGCCACAGGCCCCCAUCUCUGGGUACGCCUGCAUCUAUGAGAAGGGCUACCUCCAGCGUGAAGGCCGGACCCCUGACUAUCUCCACUGUGGGGUGUUCGGGGACCCCCAUGUUCGCACCUUUCGUGAUGAGUUCCAGACGUGCGCUGUACAAGGGGCCUGGCCACUGAUCGAUAAUGAGUAUCUAUACGUUCAGGCAACUAGCGCCCCCAUGAGAGGAGGGGCGUAUGCCACGGCUCUCACCAAAAUUACCAUCAUCUUUAAGAACUGGCGCCAGUGUAUCGAGCAGCAGAUCUACCAGGCGGAGCUGGACAACGUUCCCGCAGCCUUCGUGGACGGCUCAGUGACCAGCGGGGAGAGGCAGGGCCAGCACAGCCUGAGCGUCCACUCUGAUCUGCCUGGGCGCCAGGCUGAGAUCCGUGCCGCCCACAUCGGCACCACCCUGGUGGUACGUCAAAGCGGGCAUUCCCUGGGCUUGUCAGUACGCUCGCCACGCGCCAUUGCUGAAGCGUUCACCCCCGAGCAGGACCUGCAGCUGUGUGUGUAUGGCUGCCCACCUUCACAACGCCUGGAGACACUACCCAGCCCCUCUUCUUCCUCCUCCCUCUCCUCCUCCUCUUCCUCCAGCCAGCCCUCUGCUGCAGCCCAUGCCCACUGUGCAGCCCUCCUCCCAGCCAGGGACAUCUACUACCAGGCCUGCCUGUUUGACCUGCUGGCCACAGGGGACCUCAACUCCAGCACGGCGGCCGUGGCGGCCCUGGAGGACGCCCGGGGAAUGAUCUCAGACCCCAAUAAGGUGCACCUGCUACUGGUGGGCAAGGCCGAUAGGAGUAGCCCGUGUCUGCCUCUGAUCCUGGCUGUGGCCGUCCUAUCGGAGCGUCUGGUGGCUCUGUGGACGGGGCAGUGUUUAUGAACUAGUGACUGGUAGGAGCUGUGAGCAUUAGCCACACUGAUUCUGACCGAGCAGAUGUUCUUUCUUCAUACUUGAUUGGCUUGUUUCACAAACAACAGGCAUCACCUUUGACUGGUUGGAACCCUGUGGCAUUGUGACUGGUUCCUCAUUCAUUUUCUUCCAGCAGGAGAAGCCAAUGUUGAUGGGAAUAAAUAUAGGUGAAUGCUUUCAGUGAGGAUAGAAGUGAACUCUUGAAGCCUGACACUAGUUGUGUUGAUUCUAAUCCCUUUACUAUGCUGAACCAAAUGUAUUAAAACAGGAUGUAUUUUCCCUCUCAGCACAGAGGAUGGCAUUCUGCGGCCUGUUGCAUAAUUCCACAAAUCCAGACAGUAAAUGUAUCACUUUCUGUUAUUUUCUGUUUAUUUUAUCAUGGAGGGAAUUUAGUGGUUUAUAUAUAGUAAAUAUAAUACUGCAGUGGUAUCAUCCUCCGUAAAGAAACUAAUUUAUCACUAAUUUAUUACAUCAUCUUUGUGUGUCUACAUUUCGUAUGCAGUGAGUUGUAAUAAUGUCUCGAUUAAUUUCAAAAGGGACUGUUUUUGAAUGUACGUUUGGUUCAUAUGUCAGUAUUUGUAAGACAAUGUUUACAAUGUAUUGUUCAUCCUGUUCAUAUUUUUACGUAGUUGCCAAAGUUAAAAAUAUAGCUUCUCAAAGUUACUCACACCAUCUUUCGAAAACAAUAGAGAUCAUGCAAUAAUAUAUUGUUUUCCAAAUGAUGGAAAAUAUCUCAUGUUGCCUUCCAUGUAAUACUGUGAUCUCUGACAAGGAUAAAACAUAUUUAUACUGACAGAUUCUAAUAUAUUUCCCUUUGUGAGUUUUAUUAAAUUUGAUUGUUUUCUCCCAGACCCGAAAAUGGUCUGUAUAAUGUC